AUGGGUCACAUUCAACACGUGCUCUACUUUGUAACCGGUGCUUCCGCGUUUGCAGCGCUCACCGCAAUCUUCGCCACAAUCCACGUAAUGUCGGAUAUCAGCGCAUUCCAGGAUGAGAUCAUCCUAGAUCUCGUGGAUUUCCGUGAACAUGCUGACGAUGCUUGGAAGGUUAUGGUAGCCACCGGGAACUCGGCUGGAUUCCGCUUUGAUCAACUGACCGGAAGAGUUAAGAGACAAUAUGUGGAAGGAGGUGGUGGUGGAGGAGGCUGUGCCUGUGCGGCUGCUGCUUCGGGAUGUCCUGCCGGGCCACCAGGGCCAGCGGGACAGCCUGGAGCUCCGGGAGAGCCGGGAGAUGCUGGGCAAGACGGGCAAGCUGGUGGUGCUGGAACUGCUGAGCAACACGCCGCAACUUCACAAUGCAUCACCUGUCCAGCUGGGCCCGCCGGGCCUCCAGGACCUAAUGGCCCACCCGGACCAGCAGGACCUUCAGGAAACCCAGGAGCCGAUGGGCAAGGUGGAAGCGCUGGUACACCAGGGCCACCAGGACCUGCUGGACCCGCCGGACCAGACGGAAACCCCGGAGCACCGGGAGGCGAUGGAGCACCAGGCGCGCCAGGAACCAGAUCGACAUCGCAACCAGGACCUGCCGGACCACCAGGACCAUCGGGACCACCAGGACCAAGUGGAGCGCCAGGUGGGGGAAGUGGACCAGGAGCUCCGGGACCAGCCGGGCCACCGGGACCAUCUGGAAAUCCAGGAGGCCCGGGAGGUGAUGGACAACCGGGAGGACCGGGAAGCGACGGAUCACCGGGAAGUGACGCCGCUUAUUGCCCAUGUCCGGCUAGAAGUGGAGCGGUUGGAGGUGGUGGUGGUUCAUACCCGACCAGAAGACGAUUCUCGAACUAA